AUGCAGCUUCCCUUGCGGCAACCACGAAACAAGGGCCAUGCUGGUAUUCUGCAUCCCUAUUCUAAAGGAUUGGUCGCGUUUGAGUAUACCGACGGCCUCGUUCGGAAACCAAACAUGCUCCUGUUUAUCGGCGGCCUGGGAGACGGACUCGGCACCGUCGAAUAUCUGACCGACAUUAUUACGGCGCUGGAAUAUACAUCCUGGUCCGUCUUCUCGCCUAUUCUGACUUCUUCUUAUAGCGGCUGGGGAGUGGGCCAUUUGGGCAAAGACAUCGAUGAGAUUGCGCGCUGCGUGCAGUAUGUUCGGGAGUACAAGCAGGGGGUAUUCGGCGCAGGGAAGAUUGUGAUCAUGGGUCAUUCGACGGGCAGUCAAGACGUCAUGCAUUAUUUGAGUUGUGCGAAUCCGCGACCGCGACAUCCUGUGCUGGACAAGGAUGCGGCAGUAGAACCACUCAAGCGGCCUCCUGUUGACGGAGCUAUCAUGCAAGCGCCUGUCUCGGACCGAGAAGGGAUUAAUUGGGUCAUCCGAGACGGAACGGACCGGGACACUCCGGAAAGAAUGCGCGAGAUAUACCAGAGAACUAUUGCGCAUGCCAGAUCUACCCCUUACGAAGAUGACAACACCCUCGAUACCAUCCUCCCUCUGUCGGUAACGACCCGGAUCGGCUAUCCAAGCUCAACGCCGGUCAGCAGUCGACGGUUCCUGAGCCUCGCUAGUCCAGACAGUCCGGAGAAGCCAGAAGAAGACGAUAUGUUCAGCUCCGACCUCAGCGAUGACCAGAUGCAGAAGACCUUUGGCCGGCUGCGGUCGCGGGGACUGCUGAGUUCAAAACUGCUGGUCUUGUACUCCGUACUCGGGAAGAGAUCAGUCAGUGCCACCGUGGGUUGA